UGUAAUUUGAUUAGGUAAAACAGCUUUGGGGGGAGAAGCAAUGAUCUUAAGCACUCCUAAUUUAUUAUUUUUGUUUCUGUAAUCCAGCAAAGAGAGACAAUGUUGGUAGACGCAGCUUUGGGAGCCUUAGGCUCAUUAGCUGAAUCAACCAUGGUAUCUCUCACAAUUUAUUUCAGGACUUAAUCUGAUCCAUCUUUCAGUUUUGCUAGUGACUCUGUCCCUUGAGUAAAAGUGCAGGAUGAGUUUCGACCAUUCUAUGGCAUCGUAAUGCGCUACCUAAAAAUUACGGUAGUAUCUGCAAAAGCGGAUUCUGAUUACUUUCUUGUAGCCAACUCCCUGAAGUGCAUUGCUGUGAUUGCGUUGGCAGUGGGGAAAAGUAUGUCAAAUGAUGAUGUUGAAGAAGUUGUUAAAGAUCUCAUCUUGUUACAAGAAUCUAAUUACUCUAGAAAAGAUGGCACAGUGAGGAGUUAUUUGCUACAAGCGUGGGGUGGUGUCUGCCGAUGUUUAAGGGUGGACUUUCUUGCUUACCUGAGUGUUUCCGUGCCUCAGCUGAUUCAGUCUGCUAAACGGACAGAUUACCUGACAGAUGAUGUUGAUAGUGAUGAUAAGCGAAGAAGUAUUAUCUUUAAGGAGAAGUUCUUGGCUUGUAAUACAAUAGCCUGCUUUGCUGCUAAUAUCAACGAAGGACUGCAUAUGUGGAUUAAGGAGGUUGUAGAUGCUGUUCUUCCACUUGUCAAUUUUAAACUCGAUGAACGAGUUAGAAUAGCUGCAGCAACAGCUAUGCCAUUACUGUUGCAAUCAGUUGCUGUUGCUGUGCAACACCAGCUUCCUAUUCCAGAUGUUUCUGGUUCUCCAAUUAUUACCAUAUCUGAAACCAUAAUGUCAGCUUUGAUUGAAGCCUUACAGGAACCAUCCAUAAAGUUUCGUGUGAUAAUGUUGGAGGCAUUGAAUCAAUGCAUUCAGAUUCCUCACACUUGUAUACAUAAAGAUAUGGCAACACUAUUUGUCAAAGGCAUAUCGAAACUCCUCUUUGCAUGCAUAAACAGGAAAGUAGUAAGAGAAUUGAGACUAAGCAGUCGCCAAAACUUGAGGACGGCAGAACUGCUGGACGAGGAAGUUCAGGAUGAGGAUAAUAUUUACAGACAAGUUCACAUUUGCUUGGGAACUCUGACGGAAAGGCUCAAGCCUUCAUUCUUGCCUUUCUUGGAUGGACUAUUGCCCUUUGUAGAUCAUCUUUGGAAAAAUGAUAAUAAAGCAAGGAAAGAAAGAAGAUUUGGCUUGAGUGUUUUUCAUGACAUUGCAGAGAACUGUGGAGAAGAAACUUUCAGACACUAUGACAUGUGCAUUCCAUUCCUGCUCAACACCUGCAAGAACCGCAAGGCUACAAAUCCAGCCCAGGAAGAGAUAGCUGCGUGUGCAAUUGGCAUUUGUGCGGACUUUGGAGGAGAAGUGUUUAAACCGCAUCUCCAAGAUGCAGUCAUUAGUCUAUUAGCUAUCAUUUCUCAGCCUGGUAACUUAACCCUAGAAUCCCUCAUGGCCAAAGAAGCUGCUGUUUCUGCUUAUGGGAAACUAUGUUUCUUGCUUACUGAAGAUGAUAGCAUAUACAAGCAUGUAGGGCAUUGGCUAAUGUAUUUGCCAUUAAGAUUUAAUUUGGAUGAAGCCAAAGCUGCCCAUGGUCUGCUUUGUUCCAAGAUUGGAGAGCCAGAGACUAAGGUUACUGGUCCUAAUGAUGCUUACAUUCCCAGAAUCAUUGUAGUUUUGACUGAGGUUCUGCGUGCUGGGCAGCAGUUAGCAACACCAGAUAUACUGGACAAGAUGAGUCUACAGCUGAAUAUGCUGCGUAGGAAAAUAACAGAGACCAAUGCUAUGGACAUAGAUUGAACAUUAUCGACUUAUAUGCAGGGCAUCUUGUCAUAGGAUUCUUGUAUAGUUGUAUGGAUGUAUAGCAGAGAAAACACUUGCCUAGUAUACCAUGUACAUGAUAAACAGUUAGAUCAAAUCACUAAAUUUUGCCCUUA